CGGGAGUUGUUCGGUCGUCGUUUUUGGCCGUAAAAAGAAGUAGCGUGCCGUGUGCAGCCCGAUACAUAGACUACCGAGUGCACGCUACCCCAUUCAAUCAUUCGAAUUACGACGCGGUUGGUAGUCGGAGAUACUUUUUCCCCCUUCAUCUCGGUUGUGAGUAAUAUCCAGCAUUAGAAAAACAUAAAAAUAAGUGCGUGAGUGAGUGCUCCAAAUUCCAAAGCUAAUCCAGCAAAGAAAAGAAUCCAAAAAAACCACCACACCAAGAUGCCUUUCAAGCCAGCUGAGAACCCAAAGUGCCCCAAGUGCGGCAAGUCGGUGUACGCCGCCGAGGAACGAGUUGCCGGUGGACACAAAUGGCACAAAGGAUGCUUCAAGUGCGGAAUGUGCGGCAAGAUGCUCGACUCGACAAACUGCGCAGAGCACGAGAACGAGCUGUACUGCAAAAAUUGCCACGGACGCAAGUACGGACCAAAGGGAUACGGUUUCGGCGGUGGUGCCGGCUGCCUAUCGAUGGACUCCGGUGCCCAAUUCCAGGGAGAAGGAACUAACGGACACGUUGCCGAGCCGAAGGCGGUAACGAAAGCACCCGAAGGAGAAGGUUGCCCUCGUUGUGGUGGAUAUGUUUACAUGGCCGAGCAAAUGUUGGCACGUGGACGAGCCUACCACAAGGGAUGCUUCAAGUGCGGCGACUGCAAGAAGAAUCUGGACUCGGUGAACUGCUGCGAGGGUCCGGAUCGGGAAAUCUACUGCCGAGUGUGCUACGGCAAGAAGUUCGGUCCCAAGGGCUACGGCUACGGCCAAGGAGGUGGAGCCCUGCAGACCGACAGCUCCGAUCUCUCUGGAUUCGGUUCACGCGGGUAUGGCCACUCGGGUAUUUCCUUCCUCGGGUUAAUGUGUGACGCUAGGGACCUAGAGUUUCAGAGUGACUUCACAUCGAAGCCAUCGGCCGUUGAUACGUCUGCUAUCCAGGCAUCGCCCGGACAGGGUUGUCCACGCUGCGGUGGUGUAGUCUUCGCUGCUGAAAUGGUCUUGUCCAAGGGACGCGAGUGGCAUCGCAAGUGCUACAAGUGCCGUGACUGUACCAAGACGCUGGAUUCGAUUAUCGCCUGCGAUGGCCCGGAUAACGAUGUGUACUGCAAGACCUGCUACGGCAAGAAGUGGGGACCACAUGGCUACGGAUUCGCCUGCGGAUCCGGAUUCUUACAGACCGAUUGCAUGACAGAAGAGCAAAUGGCCUCCCAGAAGCCAUCGGUUCCCAUCGAUACGACCAGCAUCAAGGCUCCUGCCGGUCAAGGUUGUCCACGUUGCGGUGGAAUGGUAUUCGCUGCUGAACAACAGCUUGCCAAGGGCACCAUGUGGCACAAGAAGUGCUUCAACUGUAACGAAUGCCACCGGCCACUGGAUUCGAUGUUGGCUUGCGAUGGACCAGACAAGGAAAUCCAUUGCCGUGCCUGUUACGGAAAGCUGUUCGGACCUAAGGGAUUCGGAUUUGGACACACUCCCACCCUGGUAUCCACCGAAGUGCAGGGCACUCCUUUCCACACCGAGUUCAACCCGAUGACUGGACCAAAGGCCAAGGAUGGUAAGGGCUGCCGCCGCUGCGGCUGCACCGUAUAUGAAGCGGAAAAAAUGCUCAGCAAGAACCUGGUUUGGCACAAGCGGUGUUUCAGCUGUUUCGACUGCCACAAAUCGCUGGACUCUACCAACCUCAACGAUGGCCCCAACGGAGAGAUCUACUGCAAAGGCUGCUACGGUCGAAACUAUGGCCCGCGCGGUGUCGGAUACGGCAUCGGAGCCGGAGCGCUUACAAUGGUGUAAGCCUCACGUCCCCAUCAGAGAUAGAUUCGUUGAUUUUCUUUUUUUCUAUUUUUAUUUUUAUUUAUGAAACUAAAUGUGUAUUCUCAAGCUUCUCCAUUUUGGAAGCUUCCAGACUUGAUCACUGAUAUUCCCCUUUAAACCCCCUUUUUAAAGUGUAUUGAGAGCUCUGACCAACCAACCAAUGCGUAAGAUUUAGGAAAAAGCUUUACUGCUCGCCCAAAAAAAAAUGAAACUUCGAAAAACUAACUCAUCCUUUAUCCAUUAGAACCACCAAUCCACUUUUACAAUGAAAAAUAUAAAAAUGGGCAGUUCAAAGCGUCCAGAUUUAGCGAUUAUAAUUGCGAACGACCAGGACACGAACCUGCGAUCACCGUGAAAGCCCAAAAAGCAACUUAAACAGUUCAUCCUCCUUUCCAUCCCUUUUCCUAACUCCUUCCCCAGCCACCAUUUUCAUACACUCGAUGCAAUAUUUAAUCAUUUUCGCUGAUGUAGAAUUCACUUUUCCACCUCCAAACCCCGAUAAAUCCCCACGAUAGGCGAGUAACAGUAUACAUAACAGUGCGCUUUAUGAGAGAUGAAUGGAAAGAAGCAAACCGCCCCGCGAUUUCGGUGAUUUUUCUAAUACAGCUUGAAAAAAAAACAAACAAAAUAACCAAACAGAACUACAUCUACCAGUAGCUAGAUAGGUUGAAUGAAUUGAAAUGAAAGAAUAACGAUCGAAUAUAUUGUUAGUUAGUAAGACCCCCUUCCCCCAAGCCAAAGUUAGGGAAGAAAGUGCGCUUAUCCUACACUAUAGGCGGCUAUCCACUGUAGGUAGUGUGCGUCCCUUUUCCAUUUUUCUUCCCUUCGAAAAACAAAAGCAACAAAGUGUAAACAAAGAUCUUUUUAUAUCACAUUUUGGAUUAUCAUCAUUACUGUAAUAGUCUGUCGGUUUUUUUUUUUAUUUAACUAUUUGCUAAUUAAUAAAGAAAACCCAUAUACAACGCGCUAGGUUAGGUAUUACUUACGUAACGAUGAUUCUUGUGCAGGAUGGAAACACAAGCAUGCAAUCACACACACAAAAAAAAACUAUUUAUUCAAUAAAGAGAAACUGAUACAA